GCUGCUCCACGAUACUCUCCUUGUGCUCGGUGUUGCUCGAGGGCACGCGCUCUAAAUAGUAAAUUCUUCGCGACGAACGCUGAUCCCGUUUCAAGUGCAUCAGUAAUUGAUCCCCCGAAAAGGGUCAAUUAGCUCACGAUCAGCCUCUGCACUCAAUAAGGCACCUGCCAGUAACGCAAUCAAGCCUGCCGCCACACGGCCCAAGGGUGAAGGUGUGUACUCGGCUGACAGGGGUGGUAGCAAUCGAGUUCGAAGGCUAACGAGUAAAUCGCUACCGUGCCGUAGAACAAUGCGCAGUCGAAGCAAUUCCGGCGUCCGGCUGGACUACUAUCAACGGAUCGUGCACCGUUUGAUUAUGCGCCACCAGCAACCGGUGACGGGAUUGUUUCCGGCUAGCCCCCAGACGCAGCACGCCUGGAUUCGGGACAACGUGUACUGCAUAUUGGCAGUAUGGGGCUUGUCGAUGGCGUACAAAAAGAUUGCCGAUCAGGAUGAAGACCGUGCAAAGGCGUACGAGCUCGAACAGUGCUGCGUGAAGUUGAUGCGUGGCCUGCUGAUGGCGAUGAUGAACCAGAAGGAGAAGGUGGAGCGCUUCAAGACGUCGCAGAACCCGCUCGACUCGCUACACGCUAAGUACUCGAGCCGCAACGGCCAGAUCGUGGUCGGGGAUAGCGAGUGGGGUCACCUGCAAAUCGAUGCCAUCUCGCUGUACCUGCUCAUCCUGGCCCAAAUGACCGCCUCCGGGCUGCAGAUCGUCUUCUCGCUGGAUGAAGUAGCCUUCAUCCAGAACCUCGUGUUCUACAUCGAGUCCGCCUACUGCAUCCCGGACUACGGCAUCUGGGAGCGGGGCGAUAAGUCGAACCACGGGCAGCCGGAGCUAAAUGCCAGCUCGAUCGGUAUGGCGAAGGCGGCCCUGGAGGCAAUGAACGAGCUCGAUCUAUUCGGCGCUCGCGGUGGCUCCGGCUCGGUCAUCCACGUGCUGGCGGACGAGGCGCACAAGUGCCAAGCGGUGCUGCAGUCCAUGUUGCCACGCGAAUCGAACAGUAAGGAGCUCGACGCAGGUCUACUGUCGGUGGUCGGAUUCCCGGCGUUCGCCUGCGACGAUCCGCAGCUGAUCGAGACGACACAGGAUGCGAUCAUCACGCGGCUACAGGGUCGGUACGGGUGUAAGCGUUUUCUACGAGACGGCUACAAAACACCGAAGGAGGACAACACCAGGCUGUACUACGAGCGCUGGGAGCUUCGCAUGUUCGAGAAGAUCGAGUGCGAGUGGCCACUCUUUUUCUGCUACCUUAUCCUGAAUAAGGCGUUCCAGAGCGACAAGCAGGCGGUGGUCGAGUACUCGCAGAAGCUCGAGGAUAUCCUCGUUAAAACGGACGAGGGUAUGAAGCUGGUUCCGGAGUUGUAUGCGGUACCGGAAGAAGCGGUGGCGGCCGAGUACCGCGCUUCCGGCAGCCAGCAGCGCGUGGUCGUCGGCCGCUGCCCGUUUCUUUGGGGUCAGUCGCUCUACAUACUCGGCAAACUGCUGCAAGAGGGGUUUCUGGCCGUCGGCGAACUGGAUCCUCUGAACCGGCGGUUAGGUGCACAGAAGAAACCGGACGUCGUGGUGCAGGUGGUGAUUCUGGCAGAGGACAACGACAUUCGUGAUAAGUUGGCCGAGCAUGGCAUCGUGGUCCAGACGAUUGCAGACGUGGCCCCGAUUGAAGUGCAACCGGCCCGUGUGCUCAGCCACCUAUACACGUACCUUGGACGUAAUAAGAAACUGGGACUGUCCGGCCGUAAGUCGCGUGACGUUGGCAUCCUCAGCACCAGCAAGCUGUACUCACUCAAGGACCGUAUCUUUGCCUUCACGCCACAGAUAUUCGAUCAUGACGAGUACUAUACAUCACGCGAUCCCGCCCUGCUGGCGAGCAAUUUCACGGACAUACUAGCAUUUCUAAGUUAUAGCUGGCGCCAUCUGCUAGGGCGGCCCACGAUCACACUGAUGGCUACUCAUUGGCUUCUAGACAACAACAAGGUGCCGCUAGCGAUGAUACAGACGAUGAAGAAGCUGAAAUCCGGCUACAUCAGCGGCACCCGAGUGAUCCUGGGUAACCUGGGUGACUUUAUCAACACGUCCGCCAUCACAGACCUCAGCUUUCUCGGUAGCCAAGAGGACGGCUAUCCAGACAAACUGAACCCGGCCGUGCAGGCGUACCUGGAUGAGCAUCUUCUGCGUUCGUUCAGCCACCGAGCAUCGACAACGUCGAUUAGGUCUUCCGGUUUGCGCCCGAAGAACCUGCGCCGCCGGAUGUCCGUGAAGGGAGCUAUCAAGAAGACGCGCUCGAUCAACGUGGACUCGGAAACACUCGGCAUGGAGGGCAAUGUUACCGAGCGGCGCUUAUCGCACGUCACGCCCCAAUGGCUUGAGCCGAAUCAAUCGACAGUUGCUUCCAGCGGCUUAGCGGCAGCCACGCAGCCCGCUUCACGCGAUCCUUCGCUGAACCCGCCGGUUACUGUGCCUGCGCCCACCACCGUCCAGUCGCGGUUCGUCGACCGUGUCUCCCUAGACGACGACGACAAGAAGCUGCACAUUCAAACGUCAGCAACAGCUGCUAUGCCAAAGAUACAUAUUCAGCCGCUUCCCCGGCACCGACCAACAACGGAGACCAAUUUCGAGAACACCGAAGUGGAGGAGCUGAUUGCGAUGCUGCGUGAAACGGAGAGUCUCGAGGAGCAGGGCGACAUCCUGCAACACCUGGUCGACACACAAGGUCUCGACUUCAAUACCGAGUUGACCGGUGCCGUUAAUGACGAUUCACCUUCCCAAGGAAUGCUGGAGGAGGGACGAGUCGUGACGGUGCGCGGCCUGCUGAAGGGCCUGUACGAGAAGGCGUGCCAGCAGAAGAUGUGGGGACUGGUACGCCACACAGCUGGCAUGCUCGGUAAACGCGUAGAGGACCUCGCAAAGGCCGUCACGGAUCUGCUCGUUCGCCAGAAACAGGUGACGGUCGGUAUGCCGCCGAACAGUGAGCACACAAUUACGGCUCCGCUGCCCGAGAUGGAGCUUCGGCACGUGAUCCAUGAGGCUUACGGUGACGACGAAAGUACGGCCAUGCUGUCACAAGAGCUGCUGGUCUAUCUUGCGAUGUUCAUCCGCACCGAGCCACAGUUGUUCCAUGAGAUGCUGCGGCUGCGCGUUGGGCUUAUUAUCCAGGUAAUGGCCAAGGAGCUGUCGCGCACACUCAACUGCGAUGGUGAGCAGGCUUCGGAACACUUGCUCAACUUAUCACCGUUCGAGAUGAAGAAUCUGCUGCACCACAUCCUCAGCGGCAAGGAGUUUGCGAUCAACAGUGUCGCCCGAGGAAACAUCUCGAUCGUGAGCUGUAAGUCCAGUCGCGUUAGCAAGCGAAGCCAAAUCGGCAUAGGGGAGCCGGAGGCAGGCGGAGACAGUUCGCUGAUUGACGACCGACAGGGCCAGUGGUUGCGACGCCGCCGACUCGACGGUGCCCUCAACCGUGUACCGCGCGACUUCUACCCGCGCGUCUGGACGGUGCUGGAACGGUGCCAUGGGUUGGCGAUCGAAGGGCGCGUGCUACCGCAGAGCCUCACACAGGAGAUGACGCCAAACGAGCUGAAAUUCGCGCUUGAGGUCGAAACCGCGCUCAACACGAUUCCGCAACCCGAAUACCGCCAGUUGGUGGUCGAAGCACUUAUGGUUCUGACGCUCGUCACCGAGCACAACAUCCUGGCGUCUUUGGGAGAAAUUAUCUACGUCGAGCAUCUGGUGCACAAAGCGAACCAGCUGUUUCUCGAAGAUCAGCGCAAGGUGCACGGUGAUGCGAUGCUGUGCUGUGCGAAGAACAAGGACAUCCGCGAGACGACCACGGCAGGGUUGCUGCUGUGUGGCGGGGCCGCCUACAUCUGUCAGCAUCUUUACGACAGUGCACCGAGCGGUAGCUACGGCACGAUGACAUACAUGGCGCGUGCUGUCGCCUCCGUACUUGAGUGUUUGCCGAAACAAGGAGACAUGGAUUGCACCAUUUCGUAAUCGGCUCGGUACCGGUCGGGCGGGAAACGCAAUCGACUUACGUCAGUGCUUAAGGGAAUGAGAUCAACCGUUUGGUGCUCGUUUCACCAACGAUAGUUAAAGGAAACAUUUCUUUCGUUAUCUAUCGAUUUUCAUCCGUUUGGCAUGCAGGGAGAAACGCGACUCUCUUAGGUGUACUUGCAAGUUUUACCAUAGUUACAUAUCGUUUAUAUUUGACGUAAGGUUUUGUUCCAUCAUUAUUUUUAUCCGCCACCCAUCAGUUUGUGAUUUGUUAUAUCUUAUCGUAGAAUGAGGUUGCUCAUUUUAUUAACUUGCGUUAAAAUCACUACAGUUUUUUUUAGCUUUCUCUCUCUAAGUGUGAAUUUAAACGGAUUCAUUGGUGGUUAACAGGGAAUGCUGAACUCCGAUGCUACAUAAAAAUGGGAAUUAUUUUGAGUACAACUUGAAAUUAGCUAUGGCUGCUGCUGCUUUGCGAUUUUCUUGAUUUUCUUUUAUCAAUAUGAACUUUUCGUUUUCUUACCAACUCUAGGAUGAUGUUAAGAUAUUUGAAGCAAUUUAUUGUGCUUAAACGAAUGCUAUAAAAAACAUAUUAUAGGUAUAUAGUCAUGUUGUAGGUUGCUUCUGGUGUGAAGUAAAGUGAAUGCUUUGAAAUAUGAAUGAUUGCCAUGGUAAUAUUGAAACCACAAUCCAUGUUGGCACCUUUUUGGCAAAAUCAUCGAAAUAAAUAGAUAUAUAA